UGUAGGAUGUAUUGUAUGAUUGGAUAGGUGUUGCGUGACUAUAUCGGAAGUUGAUCCCUCAUGUUCUGUGCGCAUAUUUGAUAUCCAAAAUAUGGAAGAAAUUAAUGAUGGAAACUUGGGCCAGGUCCGACACGUUGUGUUGGUUCUGUCAGGGAAAGGAGGAGUGGGAAAGAGCACCAUCACCACAGAGCUGGCGCUGGCCCUGAAGCAUGCUGGGAAGAAGGUUGGCAUCCUCGACGUUGACCUCUGUGGGCCAAGCAUUCCUCGUAUGCUGAGUAUGGGCCGGCCCGACGUGCACCAGUGUGACUCGGGUUGGGUGCCGGUAUACACUGACACCCAGAAGAGCUUGGCCCUUAUGUCUAUUGGCUUUCUAUUGGAGGACCCAGAUGAAGCUGUGGUGUGGAGGGGUCCCAAGAAAAACGCUUUGAUUGGUCAGUUUGUGUCAGAUGUAGCUUGGGGAGAGCUGGAUGUGCUGCUGGUGGACACACCGCCCGGGACAUCAGAUGAGCAUUUGGCCGUACUGGAAAACCUUAAGAAGCACAGAGUGGAUGGAGCCAUUUUGGUCACCACCCCUCAGGCAGUAUCUACAGGUGAUGUGAGAAGAGAGAUCACCUUCUGCAAGAAGACAGGUGUACGGAUCCUGGGGAUCGUAGAGAACAUGAGUGGAUUUGUUUGUCCACACUGCUCUGAGUGCAGCAAUGUAUUCUCAAAGGGUGGUGGUGAAGAGUUGGCCAAAACGACUGGGUCUGUGUUUCUAGGUUGUGUGCCAUUGGAUCCUCUUCUCAGCGCCAGUAUAGAGGAGGGCAGAGACUUCACACAGUCAUUUCCUGACAGUGCCACCUUCAGUGCCAUUAGCAGUAUUUCUCAGACUUUGCUCAACAGCCUACAAACUGACUGAGACAGAUUUUGCAUAGUUGUGCUGUGAAAACUACAUGAGAAGUGUUGACUUCCUUUGUUUAGUUCCAGCCUUAUGUAACCAUUUACUGAUCAUGCUGGUAGUGUCCGUUAUCUCUGCUGCACAGCAGACUUUGUGCAUAUGUCUGCUGAAGCUGCACUUGUUGUGGUUUGAAGAUUGUCGGCUCUGAGCGCGGAACAAAACAAAGAUAACUACUGUUAACAACUCAGCUGACCUUUCUUUGUAUGUUGGUCUGUAAUACGAUGGUAAGCUGUGCUGCCCAAGAGAGGCUUUAAACGACAAUAAAAUAUGGAGUACUGAAAA